CGCGACGACGUCCGCGGCCGAUGACGUCGUCGCUUAUGUCAGGCAAUGAUCGGGAUUUUUCCACACAGUUCUCUUUCUCCUUUUUCUUCUUCUCCCCCUCUCCCGUCCGCUAUUUCCUAGCCUGCUCUUGAGAUGGGUUGGAGAGGGAUUCUUGGGUUCGAUUACGGCGUCGUCCAGGGUCCCCUCGGCCCCGACAUCUCUGGCCCCGAGCUCGUCGCCGCCGUCGCCAAUGCUGGCGGCAUCGGGAUCCUCCGUGCCCCCGACUGGGAAGCACCUGAAUACUUGAGGGAGCUCAUACAAAAAACAAGAACCUUGACGAACAAACCAUUUGGGGUUGGCAUUGUUCUAGCAUUCCCACACAAGGAAAAUAUAAAGGUCGUAUUGGAUGAAAGGGUUGCUCUAUUGCAUGUUUCCUGGGGAGAAUACCCAAGAGAGCUUGUAUCCGAAGCUCAUCAAGCAGGUGUCAAAGUCAUUCACCAAGUUGGAUGCUUUGAAGAAGCAGAGAAAGCCAAAAUUGCUGGUGUGGAUGCAAUUAUUGUUCAAGGUCGAGAGGCUGGAGGGCACAUUAUUGGCCACGAUGGAUUGAUGCCAUUGUUGCCAAGAGUAGUUGAUUUGGUUUCAGAUUGUGAUAUCCCAGUCAUUGGUGCUGGGGGUAUUGUAGAUGGUCGUGGCUAUGUUGCUGCUUUGGCCCUUGGUGCUCAGGGUGUCUGCCUCGGAACUAGGUUUGUUGCUACUGUUGAGAGCUUUGCACAUCCUUCAUACAAGCAAAAACUAGUGGAAUUUGAUAAAACUGAGUACACAAAUGUGUUUGGUCGGUCAAGGUGGCCUGGUGCUCCACAUCGUGUACUGCAAACACUAUUUUUUGAAGAUUGGAGGCAUCUCCCAGUUCAUGAAAAUGAGGAAAACCAGCCUGUCAUAGGUCAUUCAAUAAUUCAUGGCAUGAAAAAAGACAUACGCCGUUUUGCUGGUACUGUUCCAAAUGCAACAACAAUGGGUGAUAUUGAUAGCAUGGUCAUGUAUGCUGGUCAAGGCGUGGGCCUUAUCAGGGAGAUUCCGCCUGCUGGUGAAGUGGUGAAGAGGCUAGUUGAGGAAGCACAGUCCAUUGUUCAACAACGAUUUUCUUAGGAAUGAGUUUGGACAAGCAUGAAAUCUUACAGGUAGGAGUUUUGAAAGCUCUCAACCGUGAGAAUACGGAGUGCCACAGUUUCGGGGGCAGAAUGCGCUUCAAAUCCGAAAAGUUGAUUGUUUUGUUCUUUCCACGGUCGCCAAAUGAUUGUCAUUACUAAACUGUCCCAUAAUGCUUUCAUGUGUUUUCCCUCCAGGUAGUCCACACUUCCUGAUUCACAGGUGGUGGAAGCGAUGUUCGACGACCCAGAGAGAGAAUCUCAAACCCGCUGGGAGUACUGGCAUGUUAGGAAAAGAUGUUCAACGUCUUCUUACCAUUUGUUAAAAAGGUGCAUCAGCUGAGACAAAUAAAGAUAUUUUACUUGGCUGAGCCUUGACUUGUUGACGAGACGAUGAGACUUGUUUUAACUAGAAGUAUAGUUAGAACCAAAGUCAGUUGAGAAAUUGACAUGGAAUUAUAACCAAAGUUUUGGUGUCUUCUGAAUCAUAGCUCAAGGCUCCAAAGACGAGUGAUUCGAAGUGAGACCUGGUUAUUUGUAGGACCUAGUGGAAGACUGAGAAGCCCAGCUAGCGGUGAUGGUCGUAACUGGCGAAAAGGUGCGUCAGUGGGAUUUUGGUGAUCGGGUUCAGGUGGUCCAUUUCUUCGAGACUGAUGAACUGGUGUAGGAGUAUGGAUGGCAUGUGCAGGAAUUGAAAUCAGUUAUUGACCGUGGUACUUUGGCUCAGUGCUUUUUAAUAGUUGUAUGGCUUUGCAAGCUAUCAAUAAAUAGGGGUGAAUAUGGGUAAAAUAAUAUCUAUUUGGAUUCAUUUUCAUAUC